AUGAACAGCAGCAGUUCAAGCAGCGGCGGUGGAAGCUCGGAUGGCAGCGACAUCAACCCAUUCACAGACGGCAUGAUGUUCACGAUCGGUUGCCUCAUCCUCGUCCUUGCCAUCACCCUCUCCUCCUACUACUGCAUCCGUGCCAACCACCGGGCAGACAUCCUGGCUCGGAUCACACGCCGGCACCUCGAUGCCUUGUCGAUGACCGGGGUGGGCGGAGGGAUCGACGAGGCCAUGCUCCAGAGCUACCCAAAAAUCCUAUUCUCGAGCGUGAAGCACCACGAGAAGAUUGGCAGUUGUUCUUGCUCGAUAUGCUUGGGAGAAUACGAGGAGAGCGAUGUUCUGCGGCUGCUGCCGGAGUGCGGGCACUUCUUCCAUAUGGAGUGUGUCGACCCGUGGCUCAGACUGCACGCCACGUGCCCCGUCUGCAGGAAGUCGCCGGUGGCGCAGCUGGGCCAUCCUGGACUUGAACCAGAGACCGUGGCCGUGCGGGUCGAUGGUGAUCUUCACAGCGGAGACAGGUAAAGAUAGGUAGUUGGUUCGAAAGGUGGUCCGCCGGGAAAUGAUUAAAGGGAAGAACGCGUCUGUAACAUUUACCGAAAGAAAGCACUGAAAGUCUUGAAUCCUCAAUUCUUGAAACCGCCCUCUAUUUCUUUGGCUUCAACAGAGCCAAAUCACCUCUCAUUUUCUCCUGUGUGUUUCCAUUUCCAAAUUUUCAUGCGAUGAAAAAAGGCUGCAAUUGGAAU